CAGGACCAGUAGCGCAAAGGUGAGCUUUUGUUCAGAUCCUACGAUUCAUCGUCCUCCUCGUCACCUCUCGUGCACACCACCUUCCAUUCUUCGGCUAACUCCUCCUAAUCUUCCGAUUCAGAGCGGGCGGGGCGUUUGGCUCAGAUCGGGCGGCCGCCAUGGUGGAUCAGUUCGCGGAUUCGGCGAACAAUGUGAUCAUCGAGGAGGUGAAGGGCCUGAACCCAGGAAUGAUAGUCCUGCUUGUAGUUGCAAGCUUCCUGCUGCUCUUCUUUGUGGGAAACUAUGCGCUGUAUGUGUAUGCACAGAAGACGCUUCCACCUAAGAAGAAGAAGCCGGUCUCCAAGAAGAAGCUGAAGAGGGAAAAGCUGAAGCAGGGCGUCUCCGCUCCAGGAGAGUAAACAGCCAUGCUACUGAUCUCCUGAGCUCCUCUUUACAUGAUAAAAAAUAUAUAUAUAGACCAGCUGGAGCUGCAUUGUCUGAAGUGAGUCUGUAGAAGCUUUGUCUUGAGUGGUACAUUUGUAUUGUGUUUCAGCAACUGAUGGAACCUUUAGCCUAAAUUGAGCUACCCCAUUGUUUCCUGUCCUCUAGAAGCUUUUCAAAUGCUUUGGUGCUGGGUAAAAGAGGGAACCUAUGCAACUCAUGAGCCCCGCGUGCCUUCUGUGCUCCUUUUUGCGUUGGUAUAAAUCAAAAAUGAAUAUAUACAUUGAAAUUUGGCCGUGGUUCGAA